CGUGUUAAAAUGUCGAUUGGAAAGGUAUCGAUCUUCGGCCCUCAUAAAGGAAUUCCAACGAUGGUAGCUAGUCGUAUGCAAAGGUGGGCUAUCAUUUUAUCUGCUUAUGAUUUUGAAAUAGAGUAUGUUAGGUCGGAGAGAAAUGGUGCCGACGGGUUGUCGCGUUUACCGAUAAAUAGUAAGCAAGAUGUCACUGUGCCGGAACAAACUUAUUUGCAUUUUGUUCAACAGGCUUUAUUGUUAGAUUAUAAAGAGUUAAAACUACAGACUAGUAAGGAUCCGGUUUUAUCGAGGAUAUUGAGUUUUUUGCGCGAUGGUUGGCCAAGAGACUGUGAUAUCGAAGAGUUUAGACCUUAUUUUAAUCGGAAAGAUGAACUCUAUGAAGAAUUGAGUUGCGUGUUGUGGGGGCAUAGAUUAUUGAUUCCGGUGAAGUGUAGGGAAAAAGUUUUGAGGAUGCUCCAUGAGCCCCAUAUGGGUAUAGUUAAAUCCAAGGCUAUGGCUCGUAGUUACGUAUGGUGGCCCGGACUUGAUGAAGAAAUAGAGCGCAUGUGUCGUAGUUGUGAGAUAUGUGCUGCUCAGGCGGAUGCUCCGCCGCGGCAAACUCCGAGUAUGUGGCCGUGGCCGAAUCAUCCAUGGACCAGGCUGCAUUUAGAUUUCAUGGGGCCCAUAUUUGGGAAAACAUACUUGAUCGUAGUGGACGCUACAUCUAAAUGGACGGAACUUUUCCAUAUGAGUAAUACAACAGGACCGAAGGUCAUAGAUAAGUUAUGUGAACUUUUAGCAGAUGGGGCCUACCCAAGCAGAUCGUUACGGAUAAUGGGCCCCAGUUUACGUGCAAUGAGUUUGGUAGUUUCCUUAAAUCUAAUGGUAUAGAUCACGUUUUUUCGGCGCUAUAUCAUCCUUCCUCAAACGGUCUCGCGGAAAAUGCAGUGCGAUCCUUAAAGAAGGUUAUUAAGAAAGCAGUGCAGGCUAAGGAAGAAGUUGAUAAAGCACUUUAUACUUAUCUUUUACACUAUAGAAAUACUGCGCAUUCGACUACGGGAGAAAGCCCUGCAAUGUUAAUGUUAGGUAGACGGUUACGGACGAAGUUAGACGUUUUAAGGCCAGACAGGGAGAAUUUUGUAAGGAAAGCUCAGCAACGGCAAAGUGGAGCUAGAAAAGGGGUACACAGAUCUUUCGAUCAGGGUGAAGAGGUAUGGUACCGUCAGUAUUUGAGUGGAGACAAAUGGGUCUCAGGCAAAAUUCAUAGAUGUUUAGGGAAUACUGAUUACGAGAUUGUAGGCAGCCGGGGAGAGUUAGUUCACAGGCAUAUAGACCAAAUUAAAAGGAAGUUUCAUAAAAAUGAAAA